CGACCACAGAUGAGAUUUGCCGCAAUUAUCUUACAGCGAGCAAUUUCGCAAGGAAGGAAACACAUGCCCAAAAUCAAGAAUUGCACCGCAUCUCCCCCAAAACAACUGACUAUAAGAAUUGAUUGACGACUUGGCUUGUCGUCGACAUCGGCGCAUUUACUAGUACAUCACAACAAGAGCAGCCAAAAAAAAAAAUGUCAACAGCAACCCUCCACCCCCGCCAACCUUUGACAAAGCCACCUCAUAAUCCGCUGCCCCCCGUCCUACAUACGCCCACAGGACUUGCACUGCUCGAGCUCCAGGGCUCAAUCAACACAGGCGAGGGAUCGGCGAGUGAGCUCACGGCCGGGGCCAUCACGCAGGUCGGCCGGCUCGAUUUUCCAGAAUACGUGGCCGGCAAGUCGGAGGAUGGCGGGUCGUGGAUGAAGCGUGUAUACCUGUACGUCGGGACCAACCAGAGGCUCACGGGCGAGAUCAAGAAGCUUCCGAGACCCGUCGCCAUCAUUCGAAGGCGGAGGACGGGUGAUUUGGAUGACGACGAGGUCGAGAUGCAGGACAGUGGUGGGGACGAGCUCGAAGUUGUUGAGGUUGUGAGAUACAAGCUGGUGUUUUCUCAACGGCCGGAACCAGUGUCGACAGCGGCAAGCUAGCUCAGAAUGGUGCAGGAAGUCGUGGCACACCAUGCCACACCCAUACGAGCUACAAAGACGAUAUCAGGCAAACACCGCACUUAGUAAGGUAGAUGAACCGGCGACGAUUUAAUACUGAAUGGCCACAUUUUGACACGGCAAGGGGUCCUGCAGACUCUUUACAUCGAUCAAAGAAUACGGAUGCGCGAAUUGGAAGAAUCAACGGCUGAAUGGCAUGAUGAUAGAAGGCAGUAUAUUGACAUAGCACGCUUUAUUUCUAAACUUGACAAUCAAAGCUACUUCCUCGCUACUGUACCGCGGAGCUUAACAGUCUGUUCAUAAAGAACGUCUUUGAAAGCGAAAAGGAAGGCUGCAGUCAACACGCUCUGGCUGACCUUGGGACCAAUUCCUGUUACAAGACACAGGACAUAUGUUAGCAAAAGAAACCGUGCCAUAGAAACAGAAAAUCAACAGACAAUACUUGCCCUUGUA